AUGGCGGGCUUGAUACCUCUAAUGCUGAAGCCUGCGGCGCCGCCAGGCACCCGGACCAGCAUCGCAUUCCGACCUGGCCACUCUCGCCUGUCCAGCACCGGAUCUAUUCCAGUCGCAAAGCCCAACCCUCCAAAGCGGCUUUCACAACCGGUUCCGACUCGCCUCCCCGUCUUGCCCUACACCAGAACCGAAUGGAGGAAGGCUAUCCGGGAGGUCAAGGCCAUGCACGUCAGCAGGCGAUACCGAGCCUGCGCGACAAGAUGUGCCGAGAUCCUAGACAACAUCAAGGAGACGUCGCAAGUCGAGCCUGCAUACCUAAUGUACCUCCACUUCUACGCCGCGGCAUCCAUGGAAAUGUGCACAAGGCCACUUCCCCUCACAUCACCAUACCGGACCGAUCUCUUGCGACAGGCCAGCUCCCACUACGAGCAAGCCGCAUCGCUAGUCCAGGCUGCCGAGGACUCGGUAGCCGCCAGGACUCGAUCCGGCUCCGCAAGCUCGACCCACUCGAGCUGCCACUCCCCAUACGGAUCCGUCAGCUCGCGCACAUGGACGGCCGACACUAGCCUGUCAUCUCCAACAAACUCCGUCUGCUCCUUCGAUGACCUGGCCACAAAGUCCCAGUCCUCCCCGCACCGGACCCUGAAGCGCAUCAAGAAGGUGUCGUUCUCACUACCCAAGGAGGAAGAGACAUUCCGCAUACCCGAGCCGCUCAUCCGCCCCGACUCCCCGACCCUGGGUUUCGACGACGAGUAUUUCCACGCCGGCGCCGCCCUCAAGACCCUCCCGGAACCGCCCCGGCCCAAGCUCAUCGCGGAGGAACUCCCCCUGGUGCCCGAGGAUGGCCCGCUCGGCGUCAACCAAGACGAAGAAGAAGACGACGACGACCCCUUCCCCGUCGAGCGGUCUGUGCACCGCUACAACGAGCACCUGUCCUCCCUCCGCGCCCAGCUCGCGAGCCACUCGGCCCACCUGGCCGCCCUCCUGGCGGGCGGCGGCGGUUCCGCGUCUCCGCCGCCGGCGGAAACGUCGGUCCCGCUCCUCCCGCUCUCUCUCCUCCCGCUGCCGCGGCCGAGGCGGGACAGCAUCGGCGUCGACCCGCGCGCCCUCGACAAGCAGGCGCGCAUCGACCGCCUCCGCAGGAACGGCUGGCAGCGCAAGCGCUUCGACGCCCGCCGGUACGAGGACCUGUGCGACGCCGUCAUGGCUGAGCUGUCCUAG